UCGCUCCCGCCGGGGCAGGGCGGCCGCGGAGCAGCUCGAGAGCCCUGUGGCCGUGACCGCGGGCGGGCCCGUGAUCCGGAGCCGGCCGAGCGGGGCCGGAGCCCGCGGCUGGGGGAGGCGCGCCGAGAGCCGGGCGCGAGGCUGCCGCCCGGGUCGGGACCGCACGGAGGAGGCUGAGGAGGCGCUGAGGAGACUGACGAGGCGCUGGGGAGACGCCGAAAGAGGCUGACGAGGCGCCGAGGAGACUGGGGAGGCGCUGAGGAGACCGGCGAGGCUGACGAGGCGCUGAGGAGGCUGAGGAGAAGGAUCCCCGCGCGCCCGCCCGCCGCCGCCCGGCCUCCCGCGCCCGCGCCCGCCCGCCUCGGUGCGGUUCCUCCGGGUUCGAGCGGCGGCCGCCGAGGAGCCCUCCGCCGGCGAACAAAGAGGAGGCCGGCAGGGCGGGGGCGUCUGCGGCGAGCAUGGCGGACCGCAGCCUGGAAGGCAUGGCCCUGCCGUUGGAGGUGAGGGCCCGGCUGGCGGAGCUGGAGCUGGAGCUGUCGGAAGGUGACAUUACACAAAAGGGAUAUGAAAAGAAGAGGUCAAAAUUAAUUGGCGCCUACCUUCCCCAGCCUCCAACAGCGAAUGGAGCUGCCGUGGUUCGGUGUAGACUGCAGCCCGGUGAAGGCGUGCCGAGGAGACCUUUCCGCUCUGCCCACAUCGGGGUGUGCGACAUCCGAGAAGCUGCCGCCCGGGAGCGGGCUGCCAGUGCAGCUGGGAACCGGCCUCUGUUUUACUUUCGUUUCGGAGUGGACCAAGCUUUGCCUCAAGAGCGACGGGCACCUGUCACUCCUUCCUCAGCUUCUCGUUACCACCGCCGAAGAUCCUCAGGUUCUCGAGAUGAACGUUAUCGGUCAGAUGUUCAUACAGAAGCUGUCCAAGCAGCUCUUGCUAAACACAAAGAAAGGAAGAUGGCAGUACCUAUGCCUUCCAAACGAAGAUCUCUGGUUGUACAGACUUCCAUGGAUGCCUACACACCCCCAGAUACUUCUUCUGGUUCAGAAGAUGAAGGCUCAGUGCAGGGUGAUUCCCAGGGAACCCCGACCUCUAGCCAGGGCAGCAUCAACAUGGAGCAUUGGAUCAGCCAGGCCAUCCAUGGCUCUACCACAUCAACCACCUCCUCUUCCUCCACUCAGAGUGGGGGCAGUGGGGCAGCACACCGGCUGGCAGAUGUCAUGGCUCAGACACACAUAGAAAAUCAUUCUGCACCUCCUGAUGUAACAACAUACACCUCAGAACACUCAAUACAAGUGGAAAGGCCGCAGGGCUCUACCACAUCCCGGACAGCACCAAAGUAUGGCAAUGCUGAGCUCAUGGAGACUGGGGAUGGUGUACCAGUAAGUAGUCGGGUAUCAGCAAAAAUUCAGCAGCUUGUUAAUACUCUUAAACGACCGAAGCGGCCACCAUUACGGGAAUUCUUUGUUGAUGACUUUGAGGAAUUGUUAGAAGUUCAACAACCAGAUCCAAACCAACCAAAGCCAGAGGGCGCCCAGAUGCUGGCCACAAGAGGGGAGCAGUUGGGAGUAGUCACAAACUGGCCACCCUCUUUAGAAGCUGCACUACAACGAUGGGGGACCAUCUCACCGAAGGCCCCCUGCCUGACCACUAUGGACACAAAUGGAAAACCUCUGUACAUCCUCACUUAUGGAAAACUAUGGACAAGAAGUAUGAAGGUUGCUUAUAACAUUCUACAUAAACUAGGUACAAAGCAAGAGCCUAUGGUACGACCUGGAGACAGGGUGGCUCUAGUGUUCCCUAACAAUGACCCUGCUGCUUUUAUGGUGGCCUUCUAUGGUUGCUUGCUGGCUGAAGUUGUUCCUGUCCCCAUUGAAGUGCCACUCACAAGAAAGGAUGCAGGGAGUCAGCAGAUAGGUUUCUUGCUUGGAAGCUGUGGAGUAACUGUUGCCUUGACUAGUGAUGCCUGUCACAAAGGACUUCCAAAAAGCCCAACAGGAGAGAUCCCACAGUUCAAAGGUUGGCCAAAGCUGCUGUGGUUUGUCACAGAAUCAAAACACCUCUCUAAACCUCCUAGGGAUUGGUUUCCACACAUCAAAGAUGCAAAUAACGAUACAGCUUAUAUUGAGUAUAAGACGUGUAAAGAUGGAAGUGUUCUUGGGGUGACCGUGACGAGGAUAGCACUGCUGACACACUGUCAGGCACUCACACAGGCCUGCGGUUAUACAGAAGCUGAAACUAUUGUGAAUGUUCUAGACUUCAAGAAGGAUGUGGGGCUCUGGCAUGGCAUACUGACAAGUGUCAUGAACAUGAUGCACGUCAUCAGCAUCCCGUACUCACUGAUGAAGGUAAACCCCCUCUCCUGGAUCCAGAAGGUCUGCCAGUACAAAGCUAAAGUGGCUUGCGUGAAAUCAAGAGACAUGCACUGGGCACUUGUAGCACAUAGAGAUCAGAGAGAUGUCAACUUGUCCUCCCUCCGCAUGUUAAUAGUGGCUGAUGGAGCAAAUCCUUGGUCUAUUUCUUCUUGUGAUGCGUUUCUCAAUGUCUUCCAGAGUAAAGGCCUUCGGCAGGAGGUCAUCUGUCCCUGUGCCAGCUCACCAGAGGCCCUCACUGUGGCAAUCCGGAGGCCCACAGAUGACAGCAACCAGCCACCAGGGCGAGGUGUGCUAUCCAUGCAUGGGCUGACCUAUGGUGUGAUCCGGGUGGAUUCGGAGGAGAAGCUGUCAGUGCUCACAGUUCAGGAUGUGGGCCUUGUCAUGCCUGGAGCCAUCAUGUGUUCUGUGAAGCCAGAUGGGAUUCCUCAGUUGUGCAGGACAGAUGAAAUCGGGGAGCUCUGUGUCUGUGCAGUUGCCACAGGAACAUCAUACUAUGGCCUCUCUGGCAUGACCAAGAACACCUUUGAGGUAUUUCCCAUGACCAGCUCUGGGGCUCCAAUCAGUGAAUACCCAUUCAUAAGGACAGGUUUGCUGGGAUUUGUUGGUCCUGGAGGCCUUGUCUUUGUUGUGGGUAAGAUGGAUGGCCUGAUGGUAGUCAGUGGACGAAGACACAAUGCCGAUGACAUAGUCGCCACAGCCUUAGCUGUAGAGCCCAUGAAGUUUGUCUACAGAGGAAGGAUAGCUGUGUUCUCAGUGACCGUCCUUCAUGAUGAAAGGAUAGUGAUUGUGGCUGAGCAGAGGCCGGACUCCACAGAGGAAGACAGUUUCCAGUGGAUGAGCAGAGUACUCCAGGCAAUUGACAGUAUACAUCAAGUUGGAGUUUAUUGCCUGGCCUUGGUACCAGCAAAUACCCUUCCCAAAACCCCACUUGGUGGCAUCCAUUUGUCAGAAACAAAGCAGCUUUUCCUGGAGGGCUCCCUUCACCCCUGCAAUGUCCUGAUGUGCCCACACACCUGUGUCACAAAUUUACCUAAACCUCGGCAGAAGCAGCCAGAAAUUGGUCCUGCCUCAGUGAUGGUGGGAAACCUGGUUUCUGGGAAGAGGAUCGCCCAGGCUAGUGGCAGAGACCUGGGUCAGAUAGAGGACAAUGACCAGGCCCGGAAGUUCCUGUUCCUCUCAGAGGUCUUACAGUGGAGAGCGCAGACCACCCCAGAUCACCUGCUAUACACACUGCUCAAUUGUCGGGGAACAAUAGCAAACUCCUUGACGUGUGUUCAGCUACACAAGCGUGCAGAGAAGAUAGCAGUGAUGCUGAUGGAAAGGGGCCACCUACAGGAUGGAGACCAUGUGGCAUUAGUCUACCCUCCAGGAAUAGACCUUAUUGCUGCAUUUUAUGGUUGCCUGUAUGCAGGCUGUGUGCCAAUCACUGUGCGGCCUCCACAUCCACAGAACAUUGCAACGACAUUGCCUACAGUCAAGAUGAUCGUAGAGGUGAGUCGCUCUGCUUGUCUCAUGACAACACAAUUGAUUUGUAAACUGCUUCGGUCCAGAGAGGCAGCAGCAGCUGUAGAUGUCAGGACAUGGCCCCUCAUACUGGACACAGAUGAUUUGCCAAAGAAGCGGCCUGCCCAGAUCUACAAACCUUCCAAUCCAGACACACUGGCCUACCUUGACUUUAGUGUGUCCACAACGGGGAUGCUAGCCGGUGUAAAGAUGUCUCAUGCAGCCACCAGUGCCUUUUGCCGUUCUAUUAAGCUGCAGUGUGAGCUUUACCCUUCUAGAGAAGUGGCCAUCUGCUUAGACCCUUAUUGUGGACUUGGGUUUGUCCUCUGGUGUCUCUGCAGUGUAUACUCGGGGCACCAGUCCAUUCUGAUCCCACCCUCUGAGCUGGAGACCAACCCUGCCUUGUGGCUUCUUGCUGUGAGUCAGUACAAAGUCCGGGAUACCUUCUGUUCCUAUUCAGUGAUGGAGCUUUGCACCAAGGGGCUGGGCUCACAAACUGAGUCCCUCAAGGCACGAGGACUGGACUUGUCCCGAGUAAGAACCUGUGUGGUUGUAGCAGAAGAGCGUCCCCGAAUCGCCCUCACACAGUCUUUCUCAAAGCUCUUUAAGGACUUGGGCCUCCACCCACGGGCUGUUAGCACUUCCUUUGGCUGCAGAGUGAACCUGGCGAUUUGCUUACAGCCCCACAGGCUGUGGACACUGGCCGAGCAGGGGACAUCUGGACCUGACCCCACAACUGUCUAUGUUGACAUGAGAGCCCUGAGACAUGACAGAGUACGGUUGGUAGAAAGAGGAUCUCCUCACAGCUUACCUCUGAUGGAGUCUGGAAAAAUACUUCCUGGGGUCCGGAUCAUUAUUGCCAAUCCAGAAACAAAAGGACCGCUGGGGGACUCCCACCUUGGAGAGAUCUGGGUCCACAGUGCCCACAAUGCCAGUGGCUAUUUUACCAUUUAUGGAGAUGAAUCUCUCCAGUCUGAUCAUUUCAACUCCCGAUUGAGUUUUGGAGACACCCAGACCAUCUGGGCCCGAACAGGCUACCUGGGCUUCCUGAGGAGAACUGAGCUCACAGAUGCAAAUGGAGAGCGCCAUGAUGCCCUCUAUGUGGUGGGGGCACUGGAUGAAGCCAUGGAACUGCGAGGCAUGAGAUACCACCCGAUAGACAUUGAGACUUCAGUCAUCAGAGCCCACAAAAGUGUCACAGAAUGUGCUGUCUUUACCUGGACAAACCUGUUAGUGGUUGUGGUUGAACUUGAUGGGUCAGAGCAGGAAGCCUUGGACUUGGUUCCCUUGGUAACCAAUGUGGUCCUGGAAGAGCAUUACCUGAUUGUAGGAGUGGUGGUCGUGGUGGACAUCGGUGUUAUCCCCAUCAACUCCCGGGGAGAGAAACAACGAAUGCACCUGCGAGACGGGUUCUUGGCAGACCAGCUGGAUCCCAUCUACGUGGCCUAUAACAUGUAGUCUCAUCACUUUGGCUUCCACAGACUUUUCUACGGAUGUGACCAGUUUUUUGUUUGUGUUUUUAUUUUUUUUCCUCCAGUGUCCACAGAGACAUGCAGACACUUGGGCCACAUUCAAAGGAGGAGCCUAAUGCGGUGGGGUUGGGGGUAGGACUUCUAGGAGCAGUCACCCUGGCAUGGAGAUGAAAUGUGAAUUUAUUCUGGAUUUUGCUCAGAAGGACUUUGGAUCACUGCCUUCAGUUUGCUGGAAAAGCUCAUUUUAAAAACUUUCUCUUUUUUUUCUUUCUUUUUUUUUUUUUUUUAAUUAUUGGAUAAUAAGUGCUCUCUUGGUAAAUGUGGUAUUUUGUUAAGCCGAAAUAGCGAUUAAAAAAAAUUCUACCCUCCAAAUGGGUUCUUUUAAACAAUUUAUGUAGUGUGACAAAGAAUUGUUUUCUCUGUUUUAAUGUGUCAUGAAAUCUUAAUGACAUGGAUCUAAUUUAAGCCAUCGCUAGAUCUCACCCUUCUAGGAGAGUUUAUUGAGGUACGAGAACCUUCCAGGUAGCACCUUCCAAUUAGAUUUUAGCAGCUUUCUUUGUCAGAGACAUGCAGAAGAAACAGAGGCCAGUUUAUGGCCUUUGAAGUUAACAUAGAAUGAGAAGUGAUUAUAAAUAAGGUAUUUCGGCAACUAUCUUGCAGAUAUCUUUGUACUAAACUAAAAAGAUAAAAUAAGUUAACUUCCUCGAUAUGUAAUUAUGUAC